AUGGUAGUGCAGAUUGAAAAACUUCAGAACUCUCAGGCAUGCAAAGACAAUGACAGAGACAGUGGAAAUGACAAUGACAAAGACACUGACAAUGAUGAUGAUAGUGACAUUGACAAUGACAGUGACAAUGACAGUGACAAUGACAGUGACAAUGACAGUGAUAAUGACAGUGACAGUGACAGUGACAAUGACAAUGACAGUGACAAUGACAGUGACAAUGACAGUGACAAUGACAGUGACAAUGACAAUUACACCACGCGAUCUACAAAUUGUGCAAGUCAAUUAGCUGGGUGCCUACUAAGCGUAACUUUGGUAGCUAAUGAAACAUCUAAAUUGUAUGAUGAACGCAACAAUUACAUUAAAUCACCAAAACACGAUUCUCCCUUCCACCCCUAA